GAAGCUGUAUUUCGCCCAGUCACACAAGCCUCCGUACCACAGCCGAGUCUGCCUGGCACCCCCGGGCUGCCUCCUCAGCUCCAGCCCAGAUGGACCCAACAAAGGAUACCUGUUCGUGCCAAGUGAGAGAGCCUCUUCCAGAUCCAGGUUCUCCAUCACGUCAGGAUUCAACCCUUGUCGGAACGGCAACUGCGGGAAGCCUGCCGUGCGUCCGCUGGUGGACACGGGCGCCAUGGUUUUCGUGGUGUUUGGGAUCCUUGGGGUCAACCGUACCCGGCACACCGACAACCACGUCAUUGGAGACAUGGGUAGCGUCAUCUAUGACAGCAGCUUCGACCUGUUCAAAGAAAUCGGCAACCUGUGCCGGAUCUGUAAGGCCAUCGCCAGCAACGCCGAGCUGGUCAAGCCAGGAGGAGCUCAGUGCCUCCCUUCAGGUUACAGUGUCUCCUCUGUCCUUCAGAUGCUACACCCAGAGUGUAAGAACCUCCCUGAGCCCAAUCUGCUUCCCGGACAACUCUCCCAUGGGACGGUGGGGGUGAAGGACGGCAAGGUCCAGUGGAUCUCCAUGGCCUUUGAGUCG